AGUAUUGCAGAAAAGUAUUGGGGUUAACUAAAGGAAAGCUUUAUUUUUAAAACUUACAUCCCGCCCUUCCUCUAAUGACUCCAGGGCGGGUCAUAGUAAUAAAACACGCAAAUAAUAUAAUGCACAAUAAAACAAUGCAGCAAAGUUAAGUUUGAUCUGUGACCUAAAAGCUUACGUGGAGAAAAAGAUUGGAAGGGGGUGUAGAAAGAGGAAUACCAGUACAAUAGUGUGAACAUAUGUAUAGUGAGAAUUCUUUGAAAUUGUGCAAUGAAAGAGUUGGUCAUUUCUUUCGGAAAUGAAAGGCACCCGUUAACCUGAGGAACUAUAUGCCACGUGGUCCCACGACGAUAUGGAAUAAUGUAGCAGUUGUUGGGGCUAGAUUCCAGAGCGAUCAGAUACGUUUCCGCGGGGGUCGCGGAUUAUGGUGGAUCAAUCUGCUCAGGUAACGAGCUGGUGUCUCGCGGGUUAGGCUCAUGUCGACUAAUGCGUGUUCCCCACCCCCUGCAACAGCGGAUGGGCACCUUUGAUACUAUUAGAAGACGAGACCGAACAAGGCAUAACUAGAGCCAGUGGCAUCGGAAGGCGAGCGAGAUCCCAAAGCGACAACACGACCAGUUUCCGUGGAUGAGUUUUAAGCGGAGAGGUAAGGCGAGAGGGAGGAGGAGUCUGUCUCUGCCUCUCCUGGAGCGGAGAAUUAUCUCCCCCCGCCUCGCCCCAGGACCGGCAGCGGCUGGUUCAGCACAAGAGCAGGGGAAAGAAACUCAAGAGGGAGAAAAACAAAUGCAGAGCAGAGAAGCUCGAGAGCUGGUCUGCGAGAAGGAAUGAGAAGCCGAGAGACCUGGUGGGGAGAGAAGCUCGGCUGGGACAACAAAACCGGCGAAUCAACCAUCAAAGCGAGAGAAACGCUGUAAUGAGAAACCACCCUGGCACCUAGAGCGAUCACUGUCCAAACUGAGCCACAAGGAAGAUCUAGGGAAAUCUUUAGAACAACCGCCACUGAUCAGAAUAAAACUGUGGUAGUGGGUGUGUGGGAGCUGCACAAACAAGAUCAAACCAGUCGGCUUCCCCUGCACUGUUGUGCGGUUCUCCUCCUUCCCUUCAGGGCAAACUACACAAGAAGAAACGGCAACAACAACGUGGGAGAGGAAUCCCACAACAUCUGCACCUGUGAUUUGAAGCGGAAAAUAUCUAGUACUUACUGCAUGUGAGAGAGGGUCAGUUUGAUAUCAGAACCAAAGAAAAUCUAGCUGCGGACACCCAUAUCAAAGCUGAUAGAAAGACCUAACUCAUUUCUAACAAAGUUUGGUGCUAGAACCAAAGCAAAUCCAGCAUUUUUUGCUAUUAGAAAGGAAGUUUCUAAUCAGAGGAAGAAGAUACAACUACUGUAAUUUGCUUCUAGAAGAGAGACAGCAGAUCUGGCCAUCACCUGAAGCACAGACUGGGACAUCUUGACUAAAAAUUUCAGACAGAGAUCCCCAAAGUGGACUGGCAGAGCAAGACUGGGAACAGGUAUACUGUAAUUUGGAGCUGGAAAAUUUGCAGAAGUCCGUUUUCACAAGAUUCAAGCCUGUAACUGGACCAGCAGACACAGAGUGAAUCCAGAGUCAUUCCAGUUCUAGGAGAGCCAUCCACAACCUCUAACCCAUAGUUACUUGGUGCUGACCAGUUCAACACUAUGGAGGAUGGAGCACGUCAUCGAGCUGGUUCCGAGAAGGGUUCGGAUAGCCCUGAAAAAACAGAAGAAGGUGGUGUUGCACUCAAGAAAGAGAUUGGGCUGAUGAGCGCAUGUGGCAUUAUAGUGGGUAACAUCAUUGGAUCAGGGAUCUUUGUGUCACCAAAGGGUGUGUUGGAGAAUGCAGGCUCAGUAGGACUGGCACUAAUUGUGUGGAUUGUAACGGGUCUUAUCACAGCCGUGGGGGCUCUGUGCUAUGCAGAAUUGGGAGUCACCAUCCCCAAAUCUGGAGGCGACUAUUCCUAUGUCAAGGACAUUUUCGGGGGACUGGCUGGGUUCCUGCGGUUAUGGAUUGCCGUCCUGGUGAUCUACCCCACCAACCAGGCUGUUAUUGCCCUCACUUUCUCAAACUACGUACUGCAGCCACUCUUCCCCACCUGCCUUCCCCCAGAAACCGGAUUGCGACUGCUCGCUGGGGUCUGCCUUUUACUGCUGACUUGGGUGAACUGUGCCAGCGUGCGUUGGGCCACACGUGUCCAGGAUAUCUUCACGGCAGGGAAACUGCUGGCGUUGGGACUAAUCAUUGUUAUGGGAGUCGUACAGAUCUGCAAAGGUGAAUACUUCUGGCUGGAGCCGAAACAUGCUUUUGAGUUUUUCCAGACACCAGAUGUGGGAUUGGUGGCCCUAUCCUUCUUACAGGGCUCUUUUGCCUACGGGGGCUGGAACUUCCUCAACUAUGUCACUGAAGAGCUGGUUGACCCUUACAAGAACCUGCCUCGAGCCAUCUUCAUCUCCAUUCCCCUGGUCACCUUCGUCUACGUCUUCGCCAAUGUGGCCUAUGUCACUGCCAUGUCGCCCCAGGAGUUGUUGGCCUCCAAUGCUGUCGCAGUGACAUUUGGAGAGAAACUGUUAGGAGUCAUGGCUUGGAUCAUGCCCAUCUCUGUUGCCCUUUCCACUUUUGGAGGAGUAAACGGAUCACUUUUCACUUCCUCUAGACUAUUUUUUGCUGGAGCCCGGGAAGGCCACCUGCCCAGCGUAUUGGCUAUGAUCCACGUGCGACGCUGCACUCCCAUACCUGCCCUACUUUUCACUUGCCUUUCAACAUUGCUUAUGCUAGUAACAAGUGAUAUAUAUACCCUGAUCAAUUAUGUGGGCUUCAUCAACUACCUGUUCUAUGGAGUGACUGUGGCUGGGCAAGUUGUGCUGCGCUGGCGGGAACCUCACCGACACCGUCCCAUCAAGGUGAGCCUGUUCUUCCCCAUAAUCUACCUGCUGUUCUGGGCCUUCCUGUUGGUGUUCAGCUUAUGGUCAGAACCUGUGGUGUGUGGGAUUGGCCUAGCCAUCAUGCUGACAGGUGUCCCAGUCUACUACCUAGGUGUGCAUUGGCAGAACAAACCACCUGCCUUCCACACGUUUAUUGAGGUAGUGACUCGGCUAGGACAGAAGCUUUGUGUUGUUGUGUACCCUGAAAUGGAUUCAGGGAAACCUAAAACCAACCUCAGCAAAGAGACCAAAGAACAGCUGGAGCCAAUGUGUGGAACUGAAGACUCGAAGUAUCCUCAGAACUGAGCCUUCUUGGUGGCUGGGGGUAGAAGAAGCAGCCAGUGAUGGGCUGCGCAGUACCCUUUGGGGGCGCUGAAGUAAAUGGGAGCUCCCUGCACAGCUAGAGCUCUCUUCUUGCUCCCAACAGCACCACACGCUGGGACUGGAAUAGCUGGGAAUGCCUCACUAGUGCCUCACCCAGUUUCCUGCACUAAACCCCUGCUGGGGCUGGAGUACCCACAUCCGCCACUCCCCACCAGCAGUGCCCCCUGCUGGAGCUGGAAAAGAUGGGAGCUCUCCUCACAGCCAACGACCCCACACCCACAUCCCCGGCGCACCCUGCUGGAAGGGGCUCCUUCGUUAUUGUUGCCUUAUAUUGUUGGGAAUAUUCUCUUUGGGUUUGAACCUCAUUUCGUGGGAGAGGGUCCUCUCCCAUGGUUUUUGUGUCCUUGUAUUUUUCACUUUUCUCUCUUUCUCUUUUUUUGAUGUAAUAAAUUAAGCUAAACUUGC